GUGAAAUUCAAACCGUUUUUAUCUUUCUUGAGUAGCCGAGUGAAACGAACCAUUUACAAAGAACAAAAGAUUAGAGAAGCAGUAACAAGCAGUACUUUUCAACUACAGUUCGAGUCAACACUAAAAAACUAAAGGGCAAUCACUGCCUUCCUUGAUGUGUGGCAGGACAAAAUGCCGCGCACUUUCCUCAUCAGCGGCGCAUCAAGUGGCGUUGGCGAGAAUCUAGCCUGCCGCUUGGCGUCACUCACUUGCUGUCCAGUACUCAAGAAAGAGGGCCUCGCUAUGCAUUUGCUGGGGCGCGACAGCACAAAUCUGGAACGAGUGGCCUCUACAUGUCGUGAUCUCUUGGCUGCCGCAACCUCUACCUCCAGCUCAUCCACGAAUAUUAUGUAUGAAAUAGUGGAGAGUAUCAAUUUAGCUCUCGAUCCAACUUGACUGCGUAGAAGUACAGGUCAUCGUCACGACGUGAUCAAUCAUAAUCAAUGUUCACUUACUUAUCUUUUUAUGUCCAUCAUCCGAUCUUCUUCAUGAUCAACAUCGAUAUCGAUUUUCAUUUCGCCAGGAGAGGCAGAAUCCGCGCGGCCAACAUUCAAGGUAACAACUUCGAUAUGCGAUCUCAGGAACGGGAAUGCUAUAACUGAAAUGUGGGAACGCGAUUUCAUAACAGCGCAUGGAGGGAAGCUCGACGUUCUUGUGGCGAACGCGGGUGUGAAUCGUGUAGGUCUUGUAGAGGAGCAGUCGGAUGAAGACUACGACACAGUAUUUGACACCAAUGUGCGCGGCGUGUGGAACUUGGUGCGCAAAGCAGUACCGCUAUUCAUUACGGGACUGUAUCACUCUGUCCUUUCUAUUUCGUGUAUCACACGAAUGAAUAACCAGCACGCAUGAUUCGAUCUGUCCAUAUCAAGCUCACGUUCCUAACUGUAGCAUAAAACAUGACUGUAAUGAAGAGAGGUUACCAGUCUAAAUCCAAGCAGCAGAAGAGUGGGCAAAUUGUCAUCACAAAUAGCGUUCGAGGGCUUCGUGGAAGCGCUACGGCUACGCUCUAUUGCGGGAGCAAAUUUGCGCUCCGCGGCAUGCAAGAUUGUUGGCGCAACGAAUUGCAGCCCUUUGGUUAUGGUAGGUGAAAUUUUUGGUGCAUCCAUUCUUGUCAACUCUAGUUUUUGUAAGUAUCAAAGUAGAUUUUCAAGUAUUCAUGUUGUCCACAAGGACGUGCAGAAUCCAUGAGGACGUGGACCAGACUGUUUACUCUAACACAGUGUCAAGGUCGGCUCUGUCUUUCCUGGAGGUAUCGACACUCCUUGGUGGGACUCGAAGGAUCGAGGCGGACGGGAUCCGGGCACGUCGAAUACUAAGGGUUACCUGCAGCCAGAAGAGGUCACUGAUGCGAUGCUCACCUUGAUAAACCAGAGAUCAAACAGCAACCUUGCAGAACUUCGCUUUUGAUUUCCAUUUCGAUUCAACGAAUAAAGAAGAAAUAAAAGUUGAUGCUCAGGGCGAUGGCAAGAUGAUGGCAAAUGCGAGAGGUAAAUGCUAUCGUGUUCUGUGCUGCAAACCACAGAAACUCUUUGGUUGGACUGGAAACUUCAACCCACCAGUUGUUUGUGGUCAUCCGCAUUCAACUGGUCAUCUGACGCAAACGAACCAGCGAAAAAAAAAACAUUGACAUUUUUAGCACGCAUGAUCAGGAGGAAAGUCUUAGUGUUCAUGAAGUUACGAAAAAACAUCAUCAAGC